GUGGAUUCAUGUGAAUAUAUACGAUAUUCUAAACUUGUCUAAUCUUAGCAAAAGAAAAAUAAAUAAAUAACUUACUUAAUUUAAAAAAAACAAACCUUAAGCAUCACGCAUGGGAUAAUUCCACGUGUCCAGCCUGCAAUACUUAGAAAACUGAAAGGCCUGUUCCUUCGCCCCAAAAACGAAAAAUCUAGACGCUCGUUCCCAAUUGUCAAAUCACCCAAAUCCCAAUAUGGUAACCGGUGGUGCCUCCAAAAAGCGGCAACGCGCCGUACACACCGCCAACUCACCAACCGCCAGCAGCUCCAGCCGCCCUUGCGCCGCCAUCAUCAUCGACUCCGACUCCAAACGACCCACCCACCCGAACCCGAACCCGAACCCAUUUCCCAAACCCAGCCCAACCGCUCCCCAGUCCUUCAACGACCCUUCCUCCGCCGACGUUCUCCUCCGCCUCUUCGUCGACCCCUCCCCUCUCGACCCCCCAGCGACGUCGUUUUCUACCUCCCCCACCGCCCAGCCCCAAGACGACGUCGUUCUCCACCUCCACGCCCACGCCCUCCGCCGCUGCAAGUACUUCGCAGCCCUCUUAUCCGACCGAUGGCAGCGCCACCCACAAAAAGACGCCGUCCGCAACAUCAGCCUGCGGGUCCCACCGACCCCUGGCGCCAUGGAUGCCCGCAUUGCCCUCCUCGAACUCCUCUACAACUCCGACCUCGCUUCCGCCAUAACCACCGUAUCGGCCGCGCUCGACCUUCUCCCUGUCGCUUCCGAGCUCAUCUUCGAGGACUGCGUCCGAUUCUGCCUUCGCUUCCUCGAGGCGGUUCCAUGGACGCAAGACGAAGAAACCCGAGUUCUCGCCCUAAUCCCUCAUUUGAGCGAAGACGAAGCCAAAGACCUCAUGGCUAGGGUUUCGGGAGCUUCCGAUUCGAGCGAGGAGAUGCUGUACGGCCUCAUCCUUGCCGUGACUCACAACCAGAGCAUGGCGUUCGUCAAGGCCUUCGUCGCGAAGCUGCUGCGCGAGUUCGGGUCCAGAGAGCUGGUCGAGCGGGUUAUGGAUCGGGCGUUUCAGACCACCUUCAAGGUCGUCAAGGAGGCCAUGGAGGAGUACACGAGCCCUGGAGUCCGUGGCAACCAUGACGAGACCGAGGCCAUCCAGAGGAUCAACCUCCACACGGCCAUGACCAACGGCAAGCACCUUCUGUGGCUUGUCGAGAGGAUGAUCGAGCUCCGAGUCGCUGAGUCCGCCGUGAAGGAGUGGAGCGAACAGCCGGCUUUCACCGCCGAUUUGCAGAGGGCGUUUCGGGACGACGCGUGGAGGAAUAUCGUCCCGAGCCUCCCUAGCGUCUUGCUUCGCUGCACUUCGAGGCUGGUCAAUGCGGUCGCUACUGGUACCAUUUUGGUUGCUUCUCAGGUGCGAAAGAAGCUUGUCAAAGAUUGGCUUCCAGUUCUGAUUGUUUGCAAAGACAAUAAUGCUUCACCUCUGACACCGAGUAACAAACCACUGUACUUGGAUCUGGAAGAGACAUUCCUCAGAAUCAUCUCUACACUGCCUAUGCCAGAUGCACAGGAGUUGCUGCAGCAAUGCCUCAGCUUCUCUACCCGAAAUGUUGAGGACUGCCCUCACUUGGUCACGGCAUUCAACACCUGGUUCCGCCGUGCGACACAUCCCCCUCAGGCACAGAAUCUUUGUUAGAACCACUUGGGGUUUGUCUUUUGUUUAUAGAUGAAUUAGUGCUGCCUUAUAGUCUUGCCUUGUGGAUAUUUAGGCUCUCCUCUGGCAUUGUGCAUAUUACCCUGUUGCCCUGGAGAGCCAAAAGUUUGCACCAAGUAUAUAUAAACAUAGAACCUCUGCAACAAAAAGGAAGUUUAACUGCUUUUGAUGCUAUUACUCGUAGCUUGCCUUCCUGGCCACCUGUAGUUUUUCAGUUUACUUGAAUUUCAACCAGUGGUUAAAUUUUGAAUGGAUAACUGGAUCCUGGAAAAUAGAUUACCCCUCUUCGGUAAAUAUUCGUUUUGUUCGGCCGAGGUGCUGAUGCCACUCUUGUACACAUUUAUAUAAAUAACUGUUUUCAA